CCUGCGCAGAGGCGCUGUGUAUGUGCGCGUGCAUGUGUAUGUGUGUAUGAUUACACUCUUGUCUGUUGCUUUUGGUAACAAGUUGUAGAAACAAAACCGCAAACGCUCCUAACUCCUAACUUUGCUAUAACAUUGCGUUACCUGAAUUCUUUUUUUUUCCACCAGGGCUGUGUGAUUAUUACUUGUUUAUCAGGUGUGUGUGUGUGUGUGUGUGUGUGUGUUUGUGCGCGCGCGCUGUCUUUCUGAGAGGUUUUGAGCUUAGAGCUCAGAAAUCACGACUUGAGAAGUAAAAGACAACCUGGGAGUCACAGGACGCGUGAGGAGAAGUUUUCCUGAUGCGGUGCACCAUGGAGUUGUGAUUGAUCAUGAAUGCGGCCAUGACACAGAUUGGGAUUGAUAAAUCUCACCUGCCGCAUGUCUAUGACGUGUGUCAGUGUUUCUCUGUGCUGGAAGAUGGAGCUCUGGCUCACAGCCUUCAGGAGCAGGAGAUCGAGCGAUUCUACAGCUCCAACAUGCAGAAGAACCAGGCGGCGCAGAAUGACGUUCGCUUGGCUCGGAGGCUACAGGACGAGGAGGAGGAGAAGGUCCAGCUCACACAACAGCUCCAGCAGCUGGAGGAGCAGGACUGCGAGUAUGCGAGAAUGAUUCAGGAAGAGCUGCGGCGAAGCGACGAAGAAGCUCAGAGGAGGGAGGAAGAGGACAAGGAGAUGGCCAAGCGGCUGCAGGAGGAGGAAGAAUCGAAGAGUAGACAGGAGAGAGCCGAGGCUGGUUACCACGAGGACAGAGGAGACUCGCUGCUCAGUCAGGGGUUAGGGCUCUGGGAGCAGAUGAUGCAGGAUGCUGAACUGGCUCGUAGACUGCAGGAGGAGGAGGAGGACACACAGCCUCACAGGAGGAGUACUGAAGCUGACCUGGACUUCCGUACAGUCCAAGUGGCCCAAGAUGAGGAACUCGCUCGCUACAUGCAGAGACAAGAGAAGAAGAGCAACAGGAGGUCACAUGACCCGCUCGCUCUGGAGAGGUCACAUGAUCCAACAGGCACAAGCAGAAGAGUUUCGAGAGAGAGACUCAACUCUGAGGGCCUGCACUCGCCUGUGGAAGAGGAACAAUCACAGAACAAUCAGCACUCACUAAUCCCCACAAGCACUACUCUACACACGCUCCCCUUCCACAACAUCGCAGAGGAACUGGACCCGACGUUCACCGGCAGGAAGCGGGAGAGCCGGAUCUCCACCAGCCCAUCCUCGGGAAUCUGCCUGGCUCCUCGUACACCUCACAGCGUUUUCUACGACUACCUUCCGGAACCUUCCGCCAUCCCGCCGUGCAGACGCCACGCAGACAGACCGGGACGCCACAAACCCAAAGAGAAACGGGAAAGCUGUAAGCAGCAGUGACGGGACGGGGGUUUCUUUAGUUGUGCACAUGAUGGAUGAGGGAUAAAACACACGGAGUGGUGUGAUGAAGCAGAGGUACCGUCACCAUCCGGAGGUUUAUUAUCAUUUAUAACUGCACAGAGUUUUAUUCCUCUUACACCACAGCCAUUUACACUAAUACAAUAACGCCACGUCGUACAUUUCAGUUACUGUAUGUUAUAGUUCAUGCUGUUGUGUCGCUUUCUUUCUGUUAUCGCUUACAUUAUAGCAGCUGUAAUAUAAUACACUCCUUCUUUUACCUGCUUCUCUUUUUUUCUCUUUUUUUUAAAGUUAAUACAAAAUGAAUCUAAUUUUUGGACACUUUCCUGAUUGACCUUUGCACUGACACUGGACACUUCCAUUUUUAGUCUGUGUUUAUGUUGAGCGUCCAGUCGUGUGAAUAAAAGCUGCUGUAAUAGAAAAUGAUUUAACUGCUCCUGACCAAUCAGAGUCGAGGAUUCACAGCGCUGGGGUAUAAAAUAAAUCCGUUGUAUGUUAGAGUCCAAAACUUUGAGACCACAGCCUGGAACACAGCCAUUAUACGCUAAACGGCUAACAGUACACAGAUCUCCAUUAAUAAAUAAAUAAAUGACUCCACUCUUCUGAAAAAGCUUUCCAUCUUUAGUCAAGCAGCAUCAGACAGCAAUAUAAAAAAUAGUAUUUAUAUAAUUAUUAUAACAGUGUUAAAAAUACUUAGUGAUGUCGAUGCACAAAUGAUCACUAAUAGAUUCAAAUAUUAGUUAAUAAAUAAAAAGACUCUUUUCUGAGUGUAAUAAUAUUUUCCAUAGAAAAGUAUAACCUAAGACGGAUUUAAAACAUCACUCAGCGUGAUUUAGUGUGGAAUUAUAUCUGGAAAAAAACGAAUUAAUUAAUUAAAAAUUAAAGUAGGUACAAAUAAUAAAAACGCAACAAUUAAAAAACAAAGAACGAGUAAAAUCUAAAUAAAAUAAAUAUUUUUAUUCAUGCGUCAUGGAGAGAGUUAGUUCAGAGAUUUCGUGUACGUUAUCACAAUGCUAAACUAUUAAAAGAUUUAUUUUAUCCUUUAAAAGAAACAGCAUGCAGCUAGUACAGGAUCUCUUCCUGGUGUGUAUCGAGCUUACAUUAAUUCUCCUUCAUCGCUUCUUGCAUCUAGAGAGUUUUAUCUGGUUGUUAUUAUUAUUAUUCUUUAAAAAAAGCUAUUUAGGGGUUACUUGGAGGUACUUAGUUUUAGUCAGGAGUCAAUAUGUGAUUGAUUUACAUUAGAGUCCAGGUUUAAGAGUCUGUCUGUAGAUUUACACAAAUGAGCACUUACUAUCACUAUCACUUACCAAGAGUUUAUGUUUAAGUUUUUGUGUUGUUUUAUAGUGUAGCUGUACUGGAUAUACAGGUUAGCAGCUUGUUUUAGACGCUGAUAUAAUCAGGUGUUUGCAGGUAAAACCAGCUCCGUGUCAUUUCCGUUGCUAAGAAGAUUCACAAAUAAACACAACCCAAAAAUAUGACAAUUGGACCGAGUACCGAGCCUUCAAACUGUCAAACUGAUCAGGUAUAACAUUGUGAGCAGUGAGAGGUGAAGUGAAUAAGACUGAUGAUCUCCUCAUCAUGGCACCUGUUAGUGGGUGGGAUAUAUUAGGCAGCAAGUCAACAUUUUGUCCUCAAAGUUGAUGUUAGAAGCAGGAAAAAUGGACAAGUGUAAGGAUUUGAGUGAGUUUGACCAAAAGGGACAAAUUGUGAUGGCUAGACCACUGGAUCAGAGCAUCUCCAAAACUGCAGCUCUUGUGGGGUUUUCCAGGUCUGCAGUGGUCAGUAUCUAUCAAAAGUAUCCUUUAAGUACCCAUGGAGGUCCCUCUUACAGGACUUAAAGGAUCUGCUGCUAAAAUCUUGGUGCCAGAUACUAUAGCACACCUCCUGUUUUGGCAGGAAAAGGGGGACCAGCACAAUAUUAGGCAGGUGGUCGUAAUGUUAUGGCUGAUCGGUGUGUCUUUACUGUUCACUGCAUUUCUCUCUCUCUCUCUCUCUAUUUUAGUUUGCUCUCUAGUUAAAAACAGGCAAUAAUUAGACGUGGAGACUUUCUGGGGAAAAAGUUUGAAUACAACUGAUGGAAAGAAUAUUAUAUUUCUGAUUAUUUUGGAUGAAUCUGGGACAGUUUUGUACUGUUUUUGAUAUCAGAAAUAUCUUUAAAUACUUUUUAUUUUUAAAAUAAAAAAGCUUGUUUGACUUUGAAGCCUGUAGUUCGUAACAGAAUAAAAAAAUUGUACUGAA